GAUCGACCAAUCUCCCACGAGAUCAUUCUUGACGCCGGUGUCGUGGCGCCGAAAGGAUGCAUCUAGCGCAUGAGCGAGGAAAAGCUCAUGGUUCUCCACGCACAACUCGACGACUCGUUGGAAAGGGGUUGGAUCUGCCCUAGUUGCUCACCAUAUGGCGCGCCGGUUCUCUUCAUAAGGAAGAAGAACAAGGAUCUUCGCUUGUGCAUUGACUAUCGCAAGCACAACGAGCAAACUGUCAAGAAUGCGGGGCCUCUUCCUCGUGUUGACGAUCUUCUUGAGCAUUUGGGCGGCGCAAAAUAUUUUUCCAAGUUGGACUUGAAGUUGGUCUAUCGUCAGAUUUCAGUACGCCCGCAAGAUCGCUACAAAUCCACGUUUAAAACGGGGUACGAACACUUUGAGUGGGUUGUCAUGCCUUUUGGCCUCACCAAUGCCCCGACGACCUUUCAAGCGGCAUUGACCAACGAGUUCCGCUUGAUGCUGGAUCGGUUUGUGCUGAUCUACUUAGACGACGUUCUCGCCCAUAGCCGUACCUUGGAAGAUCAUCUUGAGCACCUUCAACGUGUGUCGGAGACGCUCAGUCGCACCAAGUACAAAGCCAACCGCGACAAGUGGGAGUUCAUACGUCAAGAGUUGGAAUACUUGGGCCAUUUUGUCACACCGGAGGGCACUAGUCCGCUAUCAGACAAGAUUCAAGCCGUCCAAGAAUGGUCGGAACCGAAGAAUAUCACGGAAUUCCGCUCCUUUCUCGGCCUCGCCGGAUACUAUCAACGCUUUAUCCAAGGCCAUUCGAAGAUCGCGGCAAAUUUGACCAAGCUCCAAUGCGAGGAUCAGCUAUACUUCAAUGACGAUGCGCGGGCUUCCUUCUCGGCCCUUAAAGCCGCCUUGCUAUCCGCGGAGGUUUUACGCAUCUACGACCCACUUCUGCUGACACGCGUCACUACCAAUGCGUCCAGCUAUGGCAUUGGUGCCGUCCUCGAGCAACACGAUGGAGUAGACUGGCACCCAGUUGAGUACUUUAGUAAAAAGAUGCACGUCGUGCACUCGAUUGACGACGCACGGAAGGAGGAGUUAUUGGCCUUCGUACACGCGCUUAAGCGGUGGCGGCACUUUCUUCUCGGUCAAAGUCAAUUCCAAUGGGUAACGGACAAUAAUCCGUUGGUCUUCUACAAGCCCCAAGACACGGUGAACUAUGUAUCACCCGCGGCUGCGGUCGCGGGGUCAAACUCGGCAGGCGACCGUGAUCACGGCCGCCUCCCCUCUGGCCGUGGUUGGGUGCGGCCACGACUUUCAAAGUAUGAUGUUGUAGAUCUUUUCGAGAUGUUGGGUGCGGCUAUGACUUUCAAAGUAUGAUGUUGUAGAUCUUUUCACGGGGUCAAACUCGGCAAGCGGCCGUGAUCAAAGUACAAUUUUUUUUAGCAUUAAAAAAAUUCUCAAAAAAAUAAAUAAAAAGUAUGAUGUUGU